CCACCCCCGUCAGGACCCCGCCCCCUUUCCCCCCCCCCCCCUGAACAGACUAGUCUUUUCCCAUUCCCAUUAUUGCAGUUUUUCUAUCACCGGGUUUGGAAGUGAAAGUUUAGUUUCUCCCAGUUUUUGAACAGCAGCUGGGCAGAACAUCGAGUGAACAUGUAGAAAUGGAUUUUAUUAGGCUUUUUGGCACCGUUAUCGCCGUUUUGUUUCACCCUGGAUCCGCUUCGAAAAUAAAUGGCCAGAAAAUCUGCCGACGCGGGACGGAGCGGCCAUGCUAUAAGGCAUCCUACAUCCAGGACAGCAGGCGGAGGCUGACGUUUGAGGAUGCCAGGCAGUCCUGCAGGUCAGAGGGAGGCGAGCUGCUCAGCAUUGAGACAGAGAGUGAGCAGCGCUUGAUAGAGAGCUUCAUACAAAAGCUGAAGGUUGGAGAUGGCAAUUUCUGGAUUGGGCUCCGUCGUAGACCCCCGCAUCACCAGACAGGGAAUAAUAACCCAGGAUGCCCCUCGCAGUACUAUUGGGUCGAUGGAAGCAAGGCCAAGUACAGGAACUGGAACUGGGAUGAGCCGUCAUGUGGUUCUGAAAUGUGUGUGGUGUUGUACUACCAGCCCUCCACACCAGCUGACGAAGAAGGCCAUUUCCUGUUUAAGUGGAAUGAUGACAACUGCAGCUGCAAAAACAACUUUGUCUGCAAAUACAAGGAAGAGAAAAUGCCAGUAUUUACAGGAGACAGGAUCAUAGUAGAACCAGUUCCAUCUAUGAGGCCAAACAUAUCCACAGAAGGGGAUGUCAGAAUAGCUAUUGGAUCACCUGAGUCAUCAGUGUCUUUCUCAGACAACAGUCUCUACGUUUCCUACAUCCUCUAUGCCACUAUUCCAGCUAUGCUGCUGCUGCUGUUAGCAGCUGGGUUCUUCUGCUACAGACAGCAUGCAAAAAGGAGGAAGACGGAAACAGAGAGUUUCCCCGGCAGGUCGAAGCAGCUGAUGCCAACAGCACCUUCGGUUUCCUCCAUUCAAGGACCUUACGCCUUUAGUGACAUCACUGAACUCCCUCACGCUGCUCUGGACUACAGGACGCAGGCAGAAAUCAUGACAAAGUACUCCUGCCCAUACUCACAUGACGCCCAGUAUCCCGAUUACGAGAACGUGACGUGUUCAGAGAAGGAGACCGGCUUUGUGACGAACGAUAUCUACGAGAGUGCCAGGACUCAGAGUCGGCGGUGCCGCAGUCAGGAUGGAUGGGUGGAAAAUGAGAUCUAUGGCUAAUGUUGUUGAUGUCGAUCUGAGCUCCAGAAACGUCUGUGAACUUGUAAUUGUUAAAGGAACCUUAUUAAGCUAGAAAGAGGAACAUAUACUGGUCUAUAUCUCUUUCUUUCUACAUAUCUUGCUAGAUUACCAGUGAGGUACGCAGUCUCAACAUACACAGCUGAGUUUGAACUGGUUUUACGUGGACCGGUUUCAGAGUGUCAAUUUAUUCCUUGUGUAUGUGUCGCCGCUUAACAUCUAUGUUUUGGUCAGUUAUAACACUAUAUUUAGGACGUUAUCAUAUCUGUCAAACCAUAUUAAAUAAAUACUGAUAUUAAUCAAAACAAAA